CCGUGUGCGGUUCGGUAUCGUUUCGUCCUGAUUGACGGUGAACUGCAAGGGAGCGACCGUCCCAGGAUUAUGUCAUUGCAAAGAUGGCCAAAAUAAUAUCGACGAUCAAGGCCACACUGACGAGGAUCAUUUUCAGUGCCCACAGUUUGUUGGCCAUUUGGCAGGUGACGGCCAUAAAAAAGGAUUACAAGUACUGGACACUAUGUGGACCACUUCUGCUGCUCCUCCUCGAGGGGAUUUUCACAAUCAUGAUCAAGAAAACGCAGGAAUGGCGAUGGUUCUGCCCCUCGGUGUUCCUCUAUCUGAGCAGCAUUGUGCCGGCAAUUUGGCUCUUGGAACUGGAGAAAGUGGCCAAAAGGGUUAGGAUUAUGAAGAACUCGAUGGCCAUUGCAAACGCUACCAAUACUGGAAACUUUACCAGUUUUGGAGUAGGACCUGUCAUCGGUUCCCUGGACAGCAAUGAUAGUAGCAUCACGGCAGUGGCCACCCUGCUGGAUCGCACUGGAAUCACAAUUCCGGUGAUGACCACUGACACCUGGACCACCCUGAUAGAGCAGUUCCUGAUGCUCAUCCUGAUCGUGGGUCGCUGGAUGCUGCCCAAGGGAGAUCUCACACGGGACCAGCUAAGCCAGUUGCUCCUGGUCUAUAUUGGUACUGCGGCGGAUAUUAUCGAGUUUUUCGACUCCUACAAGGAUGACUCAAUAGCCAGAAUUGGAUUCCUUGUGUAUCUUACCUUGGGAAUCUGGUCUUGGAGCCUCAUGCAGUUUACCAUAGUGCUUUCCGCUACAAGAGGAAGAAGACCUCGUGGGAGUGGUUCUCAUCGCAAGGAGGAACACACUGACUGUUGCCAGAACUGUUGCUGUGGAAUAGAUGUCUGGGGAAUUGUCCUCAAUGUGAUACUCCAGGAUGCACCCUUUCUUACCUUCCGAUUGCUGAUUAUUUUUCAAUAUAAAAUAAUCAACUAUAUGAAUGUCUUCUUCACUUGUAAAAAUUCCCUUGUGAUUAUUCUACAAUUAUAUCGACUUUAUGUGGUUAAUGCCGAGUUCUGGAAAAAUCGGCGAGAAAGUCGCAUGGCCAAGGCCAAACAGUUCCAAUCACGACGGAAGGUACAGGAUGCAGAUCAGAAUAGCAUUUAUAUGAUAUCCAAUGAGAGAGGGGGUGACGCCAAAAAAAAAAAGAUAAAAAAAACCAAAGACUAUGCCGAUCAGGAAGCAGCUUACAGCAAAAAGAAAAAGGAUAAAAAGGACAAAAAAAAACGCAAGCGAAAGGACACUGGCUAUUCCACGGCCAGUUCGCAGAACCUCUACUCCACCAAGGCGAGUGGCACCGACAAGGAGUCCAGGCGCAAGGACAAAAAGGGCAAGAAGUCGAAGCGCAACUGCAGCAGCUCCCCCAGCGAUUGUGAUUUGGCCAAAAAGCAGAAACGUGGCAAGAACGGCGAUAAAAACGAUAAGAAAAAAUCCCGUAAAAUCGAGGCGGUCAUUGAGGAGUCGAGUAGCUCGAGCAGCAGCAGUAGCUCCGACUCCAGCAACUCCACCCUGCCCAGCUACGAGGUGAUCGACGAGAAGAAGGCCCGACGGAGGAAGAAUCGCGGCAGCAGCAGCGACACCAGCUCCGAGGAUACCAGCUCGGACAGCUCCUCCAGCUCGGACUCGUCGUGA